AAUGUCAAGAAUAAUUUACCAUGAUGUUCCAAGGCUUUUGCAGUUACUAUUGUGCAUCUACUUUGGAGUUACUAGUUUGCAGGUGAUUGGCUGUUUAGCACAAAACCAUAUUCAAGACAGAGAGCAAUCAAUUUUUCUUGACAAAGAAAUGAACUACAGUCAUAAAGCGAAAUGGGUACAAAUUUCCCAUACAAGAGUGAGAGUCUGACACUGAGUUUUGACCAAUCGUUUGCUAAAAUUAUCACCUGAGACGCUGGGUGUCGCUGUUCACCAGCCAAGCCUUAGCACUGAUUGCGGUGAGAAAUUCAGCCUUCCCAGACAAUUUCCUAAAUAGCAGAAAACCCUGAGGAAAGAUCACACUUGCACUGAAUCGGAAAAUACUGAGGAAUGUUAUUUUAAAUUUAGAGUAUUAUUAGAAUACAGACAGCGUUAAGUACAAAGGCUGUCUGGAAGGUUUUAAAAAACUGUUUCUGACACAUCCAGAUCAAGCUGAAAUAAGCCCCUUGUGCAUCUCCUCGUCAGGGGAUUACAUACACCUCCAUGAGCCUGAAGCAAACAGGACCGGCACUGACAACAUUUCAUCGGAACUGCAAAAUGGAAGCUGUCUUUUGCUUAAUUUUUGUGAGUGUUUGGCGAGUGGUUACUGGGCAGAUUCACUACUCCAUUCCUGAGGAAACAGAAAAAGGUUAUUUGGUGGGGAACGUUGCCAGAGACCUGAAGAUGGAAAUAAAGGAGCUCUCACACCACGGAGUCCACAUUUUCUCCUCAGGUAGGACCCAGUAUUUUGUUUUAAAUUACAAGAAUGGCCAUUUGUAUACCACAGAAAGAAUAGACAGAGAGGAGAUCUGUGGAUGGAUGGAAAAGUGCUUCCUGGAUUUUGAGAUCAUAAUUGGGGACUCAAUGAAAGUUUAUGGCGUCAGAGUCGAAAUCACAGACAUUAAUGAUAAUGCUCCCAGAUUCCACUCAGAGAAAAUGGAGCUCAAAAUCAGUGAGUUAACUCCACCAGGAUCCCUGUUUCCACUGUACGAAGCUCAAGAUCCUGAUUUAGAGAAUAAUUCUCUUCAAGGUUACGGGCUCAGUAGCAACACUUAUUUUUCCCUCAACAUGCAAACAACAGUUGAUGGCAGACAGUAUGCUGAAUUACUGCUGGAAAAGCCCAUGGACCAUGAGGAAGAAGCUGAUUUUAAUCUAGUUCUCACAGCAUACGAUGGGGGAAAUCCUGUCAGGACUGGGACAGUUCAGAUUCAGGUGAUUGUUCUAGAUGCUAAUGACAACCCACCUGUUUUUAGCCAACAUCUCUAUGAAGUCAGCGUUAGAGAAGAUGUUUCUAUAGGAACUAUGGUGGUCACAUUAAAAGCCACUGACUUGGAUGAAGGGAUAAACAAGGAAGUGAAGUAUUCAUUCAUAAAAAUCACUACAAAAGCCUCCCAAAUAUUCCACCUAGAUUCUAACACAGGAGAAAUAACUCUUGCAGGAAACUUAGACUACGAGGACUGUACGCAAUAUGAAAUGGAAGCCCAGGUCCAUGAUGGAGGGGAGUUGUUUGACAAGUCAAAAGUUGUGAUAUUUGUUACUGAUGUAAAUGAUAAUGCACCAGAAGUGAUAAUAACAUCCGUCAUCAACAUGGUCCCUGAGAAUUCCCCUCCAGGGACUGCAAUAGCUCUUUUAAAUGUGCAAGAUCAGGACUCAGCCCCAAAUGCCGAAGUUGUAUGUUCUGUUCCCAGUAACCUCCCUUUCCAAUUGACAAAAUCCUAUGGUAGUUACUACAGUUUAGUGAUCAACAGAGCCCUCGACCGAGAAAAGGUGACUGCUUACAACAUCACAAUCACAGCCACAGACCAUGGGACACCCUCUCUUUCUACUUCCAUUAUCAUUCCACUCCAAAUUUUAGAUACAAAUGACAACCCUCCCCUCUUCCCUCAACCAUCCUAUAUUUCCUACCUCAUGGAGAAUAACCAAAGAGGUGCUUCUGUCUUCUCACUCAAGGCAAGUGAUCCAGACUGGGCGGAGAACUCCAGAAUAACGUAUUCCAUUGUAAAAAAUCAGGUGGAUAAUUUUCUCCUUCCUUCCUUCCUCUCCAUUAAUUCUGAAAGUGGGAUUAUUUAUGCCUUGAGCUCCAUUGAUUAUGAAGAGUUUAGAGAAAUUAACUUCCUGGUCAAGGCCCAAGAUGGAGGCUCCCCACCACUCAGCUCCAAUGUCUCCGUAACUCUCUUCAUUUUAGAUGAGAAUGACAACUCCCCCCAAAUCUUAUACCCUUCAACUCCCAAUGAUGGCUCAACUGGAUUAGAACUGGCGCCCCACUCUUCUGAGCCUGGAUAUCUGGUCAUGAAGGUAGUGGCAGUAGAUGCAGACUCUGCCCAGAAUGGCUGGCUCUCCUAUCAAUUACUCAAGGCCACAGAGCCUGGUCUGUUCAGUAUAGGACUCCAUACUGGAGAGAUCAGGACAGCCCGUUUCUUUCUGGACAAGGAUGCUCUCAAGCAAAGCCUGGUGGUUUUAGUGAAGGACAAUGGACAACCCUGUCUCUCUGCCUCCGUCACAGUCAUGGUGGUGCUGGCUAACAGCAUCUCUGAAAGCUUAUCUGAUAUUAGCAGCAUCUCAGCUCCAGCAGACCCCCAGUUGAACCUCACCUUCUACCUGGUGGUUGCUGUGGCUUUUGUCUCCUGCUUGUUUUUCGUUUUCCUCCUUGCGUUGCUGGCACUCAGACUUCAUAGAUGGAGGAGUUCUCAGUUGUGUGAUUCCGGGAGUGUGAAUUUCAGUGGCGUCCCAGUUUCCCAAUUUGUAGGAAUCAGCGGGGUCCAAGCUUUCCUUCACUCCUACUGUCAUGACUUUUCUCUGACAGCAGACUCUCGGAAGAGCAAUUUUGACUUUCCAAAGGGUACCUCCUCCGAUACUCUGCCUAUUCAGCAGACUUGUGAAAUAAGGGACCCUUUCCUCAGUGCUGAAGAUACAGAGAGUUUUAAUGGGGAUUCAGCCAGCAACCAGGUGAGCUAUCUUUGUCAAUUUUAAGACAUUUUGGUGCAACAUACAUUUCCAAUAAAUUAUUAAUAGAAAUGAAUUUGCAGAUUGUUCUAGGAAUGUAACAGAUUUUACAGUCCGUUAAUUUGUGCUGAAAAGGCUUAUCAAUAAAAUCAAGAACAGUAAGAAAUCCA